AUGGAACCUACAACUGAGCCAAAACCAGAGGAGAUCACCAAGUCAGCUGAAGAUUCAGCUAGCAGCACUAAAGAGGAAGAGAAGAAGACUGAACAGAAAGUCACCGCUUUCGAGGUAGAAGCUGGGGAGACAGGAGUCGAUUAUAAUAAACUUAUUGAUCAAUUCGGAUGUGACAGGAUUAAUGAAAAGCAUCUUGAAAAAAUUGAGGAGCUUACAGGGAAGAAGCCACAUAGAUUCUUAAGAAGAGAGAUCUUUUUCUCCCAUAGAUCUCUUGACUGGUGAUUGAAGUCAUUUGAAACAGGAAGAGGGUUCUAUCUAUAUACCGGAAGAGGUCCAAGUUCAUCUUCUCUCCAUAUUGGACAUGCAAUUCCAUUUAUUUUUACUAAGUAUAUGCAGGAGGCUUUUGAUCUUCCAUUAGUUAUCCAAUUGACUGAUGAUGAGAAGUUCUUCCAUAAACAAGACCUCACUUUUGAGAAUGUGCAUAAGAUGGGAUAUGAUAACAUCAAAGAUAUUAUAGCAUUUGGUUUUGACCCAGAGAAAACUUUCAUUUUCUCUGACAUUGAUUAUAUCAAAUACUUGUACCCAAACGUUUGUAAAAUGCAGAAAGCCUUGACAUUGAACAACGUAAAGGGAGUAUUUGGAUUUAAUGAUAGUGACAAUGCAGGAAAGUAUGCUUUCCCAGCAGUUCAAGCAGCUCCAUCUUUCUCAAACACAUUCCCACAUAUCUUUGGAAAGAAGAAGAACGUACCAUGUCUGAUCCCACAAGCCAUCGAUCAGGACCCUUACUUCAGGAUGACAAGGGAUAUUGCGAAGAAGUUGAAGUACGAGAAGCCAGGAUGCAUUCAGUCAAAGUUCUUCCCUGCUAUCACUGGCCUGAGCGGAAAGAUGAGUGCUUCUUUGGCCAAUACUACUAUCUACCUCUCUGAUGAUCCAAAGCAGAUAAAAAACAAGAUCAAGAAACAUGCCAAGAGCGGAGGUGGUGAAACUCUCGAAGAACACAGAGAGAAGGGAGCUAACCUCGAAGUAGACAUUCCUUACCAGUAUCUGACCUUCUUCAUGGAAGAUGACGAAGAGCUAGCCAGAAUUGCUGAGGAAUACUCUAGUGGAAGAAUGCUCACAGGAGAAAUUAAGCAGAUCUGUGCAGAUGUAAUCACUGAGUUCAUCACUGAAUACCAGGAAAGAAGGAAGAAAGUGACUGAUGAAGAUGUCCAAUUGUUCACUUCAAUCAGACCAAUCAACCCUAAGUCCUCAAAGAUGCCUGAAAAGCCAGCUGAGGAGGCUAAGAAGUAA